CGGUUUUGGUUUUGUUUAUUUAUCGCACACUGUCACCCUUUUUUUCAUUUAUUAUACAGUAACAGGCAUACAGUAUUAUUUGUUUCAAGAUCCUCGACGCGUUCAUACGCAAUACUUACUCUCCCUCUACAGUACCGCGUGUGCCAAUAUAAAAAAUGUGAUCGAUACGGAUUUCCUUCUCAUUUCAGCAGCCUCUUCCUCUCAAGCAAGCCAAAUUCUUCUUCUUCUUCCAGUCAAGCCGCUUAUAGCUUCUUCUUGCUCUUUCUGUCACUACUUCUGCUUAUUUUAUCAGAUAUGGGCUGUCUUGUGGGGCUCAUGUGCUACUUUUUUUAUAUGAAAAUCAUUAGUCUUCUGGAGGAGAAGAGGAUUCACCCGGAUUUCUCUGACCCCGAGGUUAAUGAAGUUGAUAUCUACGAGUUCGACCCUUCUGACUUGCGUGGGCUCUCUGAAAGUGACUCCGAUGAACAAGGAUGGUACUUUUUCUGUCAGCCUUAUUAUAAGUAUGCGAAGAGUAAACGUGCCAACCGACGAACCCCUGGAGGUUAUUGGAAAAUAACUGGGAGAGGUUGUGCUGUCAAGAAUAAAAGCGGGCAAGUCAUCGGCAGCAAAAAGAACUUGGUUUUUUACAGACUCGGUGGUUCUUCUAAGGAAGUCAAGACUGACUGGGUUAUGCAUGAAUUCUAUGUUAAGGAUGAGAAAGACCCGCGUUACCAGAAGGAUUUUGUUCUCUGUUUCAUAGAAAAAAAAUCAAACAAGUCUGGCGUUUCAACUCCUGAUGAUGGUCAACUAAGUGACUGUUUGUCUUCUGACUGUAUAAGCCAAGUUACAGAAUGUCCUCAUAUAGAGGUUGAAUCGCAGCAGCCAUCAUCAAGUCACCGUUUGAGUUAUGAUUCUGGAGAGAAUAUUACAGAAAUUUCUUUUUCAGGAGUGGAACCUCAACUACUGCAAACUGCCAAUUUGGUGAGGGAUCCAGGAAGUUUGUUUCGAGAAAGUACUAACUCAUUGUUAGAAUCCCAGCCGCUAUUGGAUAACAAUUUUGUUCCUGACCAGAUGAAUCUUUUUGCAGAAAUUACUUACCCAGUGCAGGUAGAUCCUCAACUACUAGCUGAACUUUAUUCAACCAAUAGCUCUUGUUGGUUAAAUCAAAGUCCUCUCCCUGCACCACAGUUGCCAACUAAUCCAGACCAACACCAGGGAUUCAAUUCCUCCACAUACUCAACUGGGUUUUGGGAAGACUGCAAUAUGCAGGAUUUUCAGUUUGAUGGUGAUUUUGGAGAUGUGAUUUCACUAUGGGACUUGGAGAAUUAACAUCCAAGUGAAAUAACUGGACAUUUUCCCUUUUUGCGGAGACAUUGAAACCAUCAGCAAGACACCAGUGGACUGUAUACCACAUUGAAAUUCCAUAAGGGAAUAUUAUUACUCUAAAAUUUUAUCAUCAUUGUUAGAAUGUUUUACUGUAUUUUGAGAUAUGUACUUGUUCAGUAUAAUGGUUACAUCUUUUGUGACCUUUUUUACUCCUCAGCUUGUAUUUCUGUGUAGUAGUAAGGUCAGGUUCUGGAGACUUGGAGCUUGUUUGAGGGGAAUGCUAUUUAUAUGUACAAUUUCGUGGAAUUUUGAUGUAUUUACUUCAAUGAAUGUUGCUCUGCUCAUAUCAGGAACAAGCCUAAUAUGAAACCAUUUGCAUCUUUCUUGUUUGA